GUAGCAAAAGGCCGUGCACUUAUCAUACUUGCUAAUGUGGCUCAGUAAAAUACUACCGCACGCCACAAACUGUGCUGUAUUGCGUCAGUAUAAAAGAACAUGGCGCUCCACAGCGGUGUCAGUUUUGUGAGAUUGAACGGUUUCCGUCACCUUGCUAGGCUCUUAUCCACGCAUAGGAAACCGAAUAUAGUUCAGAAUGAGAAGAAUGCCGACUUUCCUGGCGCCAAAGCCCCAUACGUGACGGAAAUAAAAUUCCUAAACGAAAGCAGCUAUGACCCAAUCCCUAUUUAUAGAGUGUUGGACAACAAUGGAGAAGUUAUUGAUAACAAUGAAGAGCCAAAUAUAGAUAGAGACACCUUGCUUAAUAUGUACAAGUCGAUGAUACAGCUUAGUCAGAUGGACAAAAUUUUAUAUGAGUCUCAAAGACAAGGUCGCAUAUCAUUUUAUAUGACCAAUUAUGGCGAGGAGGGCAUCCACGUCGGAAGCGCUGCGGCCUUAUCACCAAAAGACCUGGUGUUUGCCCAAUACAGAGAGGUCGGAGUGUUUCUGUUUAGAGGGUACACAGUAACGGAGCUGGUUAACCAGUGUUACGGUAACUGCGAGGACCCAGGCAAGGGCAAGCAAAUGCCAGUACAUUACGGUAGCAAGCAACACAACAUCGUCACUAUUUCGAGUCCUUUAGCUACCCAAAUGCCGCAAGCCGUUGGAGCCGCAUACGCUCUGAAACGCAUACCGAACAACGAUCGCUGCGUCAUCUGCUACUUCGGUGAAGGAGCCGCUUCUGAGGGUGAUGCACACGCUGCCUUCAACUUUGCAGCCACACUUGACUGUCCAGUUAUAAUGCUUUGUAGAAACAAUGGGUACGCCAUCUCGACCCCAACAGGUGAACAGUACCGCGGGGACGGUAUUGCGUCACGUGGCCCAGCACUAGGUCUGAACACUGUGAGGGUGGAUGGCACUGAUCCCCUCGCUGUGUACAACGCUGUUACAAGAGCUAGAGAGUUGGUGUUGGGUACCAACAAGCCUGUACUAAUUGAAGCCAUGUCAUAUAGAGUGGGUCACCAUUCCACGUCGGAUGACAGCAGUGCUUACAGACCACUCGAAGAAAUAGAUAAGUGGACCAAAGACGAGAGUCCUAUACAGAAAUUCCGUUUGUACUUAGAACAAAAAGGUCUUUGGAACGAAGAAGCGGAUAAAGCGUGGGCUAAAGAAUGUCGAAAUACAGUAGUGAGGACGAUGCAAGACGCCGAGAAAAAGAAGCUGCCACACUGGAAGGAGAUGCUGGAAGACGUAUAUUAUGAUAUGCCACCAAGAAUCCAAAAACAAAUUCAACAAAUGGAAGAUCAUUUGAAAAAAUAUCAAGAGCAUUAUCCGCUGAAUCGAUACCAAAGCGAAUAAUUCUUAAAUAAUAUUUUAGUACAAUAUUGUGAUCUGCGUGAAUAAUUAUAAAAAAAGAAUCUACCUGAUUAUAUGUAAUAAAAUUAAUUCAUAAAUUUA